CCAUAAAGACGACAUCCACUUUCUGAUAAGUGGAUUUAAAGUUGUGCUUAUGCACAAUAAAAGGUAACGAACACAAGGAAACACACGAAGAUGGCUAUACUGCAGUCUUGUUGCUUUUGGAAGACGGUGCGUACCGGCAGCAUGGCAAGCGCCACCUACACUUUGGUGUACUUUGGUUUCUCCACUGUUGUUAUGCUCAUUACUGUUUACGAUGAACGGGAGUUUCUGGCUGGCGGUAAAGAGCAACCAAUAGGAGAAAGCAUCUUGGCUAAGGGAGAGAUAGCACCGGCUAUUGUUGUAUUUAAUAUUCUCUUUUUGAUUUACUCGUUCUUCAUCGUCAUAUCGUCGCUCUUAACAUUCGUGGGUCUGAAACAGAAUCGUCGUCAACUUCUGUUGCCCUGGAUUCUUUGCAUGCUCUGCGAUGUGCUGAUUGAAAUUCUUUACUUAAUCUAUUCAUCAUUUACACAAAUCAUGAACUUCGGUCCCGUAGUUGGCUUUAUAUUCACCAUCGACUUCUUUAUAAUGUGUUUAAAUGUGAGUAUUUAA